AUGGGGCUUAAGAUUUUGGAACGUCUCAAAACUCACCUGGUGCUACUUCAUCCAUGCGUCCCGAGUUCGCCGUGCUCACCAGAGGUAAUCGCAGCUGACGAAAGCGACACCCAUAUCCGACUCCAGAUCAUCCUCCUCAAUAUUUCAGAUUUUUAUGUGGAGCGAUCAAAACAGCCGUGGUAUGCGCGUACUGAUGUUGAUUCGAAGCUGAAUGAGCUCAUUAGCACAGCCACCACUGGUGGAGUUUUUCUUUUGCAAGGGCCUGAACUAUGCGGAAAAACGCGGGCGUUGUGUCGCCUCUACGAACAGGCCCCAACAAAAGCCUUUAAAAUUAUCAGGUUCAUCGAUCUCACUUACUCAUCCCUUUUUGCCCAUGAGGUUUGGCGGCAAAUUAACUUGGAAUUGUGUACUUUGACUUCAAAGGACGCUGGAUCGGUCAUCAGUGCAUUUAAACUCAAGGAACAACUGAUGAUAUUUGACGAGAUGUUGACGAAUCUUGAUGGAAUGCUGUACUUGUUUUUGGAUGAUAUCCAUUUGCUCAAAUAUGGUCCUUUUAUGAGCACUCUUGAGAAACGACUUCAAAAGGCCCCUUCUUCGCUCGCUAUAUUUAUGACUGCCUCAAAUGUUUCGCCCAUAUCCUCUAUCUAUACUAUUACACAAACCCUGAAUCUUGAUAUUCCAUCCGACGAUGAUAUUAUUGAAAUUCUCAAACGAUCCCUGAUCAACAGAAAGGUCAACAGCGGUCAGUGGUCAGCGAUCAAGCAGCAGCUCACAGGAAGCAACUGCAGCAUUCUCGUUGGUCAGGUAUUACUAGACCAAGUACUACAACGGAAAAAUGGCGUUAUGAACGGUGGCAUUCAAGGUCGACUUGAACGAAUCGAAGCUGAGUUAGGUGUAUUAUCUGUACAAAGCUUCUGCACGUAUAUCGUACUUGCCACACAUGGCCUCACCCGACUCGAGCUGUUCGACCUCCUCACAAAUAAGGUCGACCUCAUCGCCAGGUAUUUCUCAACGCUACUUGAUCUCAAAAUGACUCACAGUGAAAUUGCUGACUAUUUCGGCUGCGCCUCUCCUGUUGACGAAAACAUAUCGCCUCGAAAAGCUAUCUCAUAUCAGGUCACAGUUAUUUCUCGUAGAGCAGAUUCUGUUCAUUGA